UCGAAGCUCACUAGCCCGCCCGCCCACGCUGACAGCAAUGGCCCACCAGUUCCCCCACCGCUGCCUCGCGCUCCUCCUCAUCCUCCUUGCCGCGGCCGCCGGCGCCGGCGCGGCCACGCCGAGGCAGCUGUUCCUCGUCAGCCAGGCGCCCGUGACGCUCACCAACCACCACGGCCAGCUGCUCACCGGCAACCACUCCGUGAACCUGCUCUGGUACGGCCGCUUCACCCCGGCGCAGCGCGCCGUCGUGGCCGACUUCCUCCUCUCCCUCUCGGCGGCCCCCGCGGCCCCGGCCUCCGCGGCCGCGCCCUCCGUGGCGGCGUGGUGGGCCACCACGGCGCGGUACCACCCGGGCGCGGCGCGGCUCACGCUCGGCCGCCAGGUGCUCGACCCGUCGCUCUCCCUCGGCCGACGGCUCUCGGAGGCCUCGCUGGCCGCCCUCGCCGCGCGCCUCUCCCCGCACCGCGGCUCCGUCGCCGUCGUGGUCACGGCGCCCGACGUCCUCGUCGACGGAUUCUGCCUCUCCCGCUGCGGCCUCCACGCGUCCGCCACCUCGUCCGCCGCGGCCGCCGCGCCAGCGGCGGGCCACGGCGCCGGCGCUCCGCCUGCCGCCGCCGCCCGCGGUCGAGGCCGGUUCGCGUACGUUUGGGUGGGGAACUCGGCGGACCAGUGCCCAGGGGAGUGCGCGUGGCCGUUCCACCAGCCGUCGUACGGCCCGCAGGCGCCGCCGCUGGUGGCGCCGAACGCGGACGUCGGGAUGGACGGCGUGGUGAUCAACCUCGCAACGCUGCUGGCCGGCGCUGUGACGAACCCGUACGGCGGCGGGUUCUUCCAGGGCCCCGCCGAGGCGCCGCUGGAGGCCGUGACGGCGUGCACGGGCGUCUUCGGCGCGGGCGCCUACCCGGGGUACCCUGGCCAGCUCCCCGUCGACGCCGCGACGGGCGCCAGCUACAACGCCGUCGGCGUCGCGGGGCGCCGUUUCCUGCUCCCGGCCAUGUGGGACCCCAAGACCUCGCAGUGCUCCACCCUUGUGUAGUAGACACUAGUCACACUGCACUAGGAUCGGAGGCAGAGACCGGACGAAACGCUUGGUGUAAAUGGUGAGGACCGAAGGGUGUGGAGCUGGGUGACUCGGUGGGCGGCCUUUGUGGUUUCUCGUGGUCUGGUCCUGUCAUUGUUCUUGUUCUUGUGGAUACAUUCCGUGCUUCGCCUUCGAACUUGAAAUGAAACCCCCAAAAAAGGUUGAAAAAAAA